GUGUAUCUCGAAGAAAAUGGAAAGAACCAGUUAAAUUUUUGUUAGAGUAACGAUUUUUGUUAAACGGUCGCAAUUAUAAGCACGAAUUUUGUUAGGAAUUUAGCUAAAUCUAAUUUUCAUAAUUAAUAGAGCGCGAAUUCCUCAACGCGCCGCCGAUAUGACGGAGCCGAGGCGAUUAAGAGGGCACAGCGCCGCCGCCACUUGUUGCAUCGCUUCCCGAGCCCGACCAGGCUUCAUUGCCACAGCCGCCGAGGAUGGUCGCGUUUGCUUUUAUGAUUUGCGGUGCAAAGAUAUGCUGUUCUCUAUGGAUGUGGAGAAUGGGAACCCUGUUUCAUCUUUAUGCUUUAAGCCAGGGAAUGAAGAGAUCAUCUAUGUUUCUGUAGAAAAUGAAAUCAAGUGCUUUGAUUUACAUAUGGUAUGUUCGUGGAAGCAACUAGAAGAAAGCUACAAUUAUAAUAAGGAUGAGAUAAAUCAGAUUGCUUGUCACCCAAAAUCGUCCUUUCUAGCUGCUGCAGAUGAUGCGGGAGAUGUAAAGAUUGUUGAUGUUCACCAACAAUGUCUAUACAAAACAUUGAGAGCAGGUCACCAGAGUAUCUGCAGCAGUGUCCAGUUCCUUCCUUGGAGAUCUUGGGAAGUUAUCACUGGUGGUCUAGAUUCAAAACUUGCGCUUUGGGACUUCUCCAAAGGGCGUCCAAACAAAAUUAUGGACUUUGGCAGCGGAGGCAAUGCCGGGCAGUGCUAUAACCCAGCUUUUGUGCAUGCUCUAGUAGUUCCUGACCUUGAUUUUGUAGAUAGCGUUGGCAAGAUCUGUGUUGUGGCUAGGGGCGAUGGUGUUGUCAAUGUAAUUAAUCUUGAGCCUGAACAUGCUGCUCAAAAAUCCAAAAAUACAUCAAAGCCAAAGAUGGGUACUAAAUCACAACUGAAAGAGGAUUCCCCAACCGUAGAUCAAAACGACAGAAACCUACAUUUGGACUACUCGAAGGGAGGACAUGUGGCUGCAGUAUCCUGUGUGAGCUUUUCUACGUUUGGAGAGAAAGGGAAGUUGAUCAUUUCUGGUGGAAACGAUAAGUCAGUAAAAGUCUGGGAUUGGAUGAAAUCGCAUGAUGGUGGUGGACAAACUAGCAACGGCAGCAGUGAUAUUGUAUGUUCCAGCAUUACUCUGAGUAGAAAGGUGAAUUGGCUCUGCACAACUCCCUCGGAUUCGGAAAAUCUAGUUGUCUGUGAUACAUCUAAACUAGUAAAGGUUUAUACAAUUGGCUAAAUUCCCAGAAUGCCACAUUUAGUGGAUGAACUAUUAUCUUUUUGGACUCAGUUGAGAUCUGUAUUAGCCUGCCUCACAUCACAACACAUGAGAGUUGGUGCUGGCAAUCUUGAAUUCAGUGUUAUAAGAAUGUUCCUAAGAUAUUUUUUCUUCAAUAUAUUUUGUUCGUAAGAGUAA